AGAAAAGGUUGGUUGGGAAUAGAAAUCCUCGGUUUGGAAAGGUAUGUCGCCUCUGCUUCAACUCCGGCACAGCUCGACGAGAGGCGGCUUAUGGCGCCCGCGAUACGCUCGGCCAAUCACGGUCCAGGAACAACUUUUAAUAUGCAUGACUCGGGGAAAAGGCCCGAGUGAUACAAUGGGGUACAAUCCUUGUAAGGACUAGAAGCAACAAGCUGGCCGACACGAGAUUGUAGCUCACUCCAAGACUUGCGGGUAGGACCUAGUGUGCCUUGGAAUAGUUAAUAUCGAUAAAGUAUCGUCAGUCAGCCGUGGAUCGCGGCAACCACUUUGAUCAGCAACUUGAACAGGUAAACACAGGUGUCCCGGGGCUGGUUGUGUGUGCCGUAUGGACAGUGUUGGCUGUGAUUGAGGACUUGUCCUGCGUUCAGCUGUUACACUUGGUUAAGGAAGGGAGAAGUCAGACAACCAAUAGGACGGAGAGAGAAGCCGUCGACCCUCGCUCACUCAAGCCUAUAAUGUCGCAGCCCAAUAAAGAAGGCAAAGAUUGAGUGGAACGUACACUUUCAAGCGAGAGAAAACGCUACAAUGAAUCAAGUUGCAACCCAGCCCAACAUUACUAUGGAGAAACCAGAUAUGCAGUGGACCAAGGUUACUACCCAAGACAACGGCCACGGCGGAGUGAAUCAGUUAGGAGGAGUGUUUGUCAAUGGAAGACCGCUACCCGAUGUAGUUCGUACCCGGAUCGUGGACCUCGCCCAUCAGGGUGUACGUCCAUGCGAUAUUUCCAGACAACUUCGUGUAUCUCACGGCUGUGUCAGCAAAAUCCUCGGCAGGUACGUGACGCCACCGUCUACUCCACCAUCUACGUCUACUACAGCAUUGCUAGCCCGCAGUGCCCCUUUCUCGUAUUAUGAAACAGGUUCCAUCAAACCAGGAGUUAUCGGCGGCAGUAAGCCCAAAGUGGCGACCCCCAAAGUUGUGGAUGCCAUAACCCGCUAUAAGCAAGAUAACCCCACCAUGUUCGCCUGGGAGAUCAGGGACAGGUUACUUACAGAGGGGGUGUGUUCUCAGGACAACGUGCCCAGUGUUAGUUCAAUAAACAGGAUUGUCCGGAAUCGCGCAGCUGAGAAAGCGAAGAUGUCUCCCAGUGGUCAGUCCAGUCCGAACGGUUUAGGAGAGAGCGGACAGCCCACGACGUCACCUAAUGGGGACAUCCUUCAGCGUUCUUCGGGGGGUGGCUACACCAUCAGCGGCAUACUCAAUACGCCCACGACGGCCAAGAGGAAAGGCGACAAUGAACAAGUAAACAACGGGUCUCGGGAUGGGAUUGCCAGUAACGAGGGAGCGAGCAGCAGUGAAAACAGAAUUGGAAUGUGGGAGUACGAACGGCCGGCCAAGUUACCACGAGCUGAAGAGGCCAGCACGGAGUCUGAGAUUCUUCAGAACGGAGUUUUCACGACUGUUCAUGCCCCUUAUAGUAGCCAGUUCGGAGCCAACCCAGCCUCAGCAGAAAUCAAACAGGAAUACCUCCACUCAGGAAACACGAGCGAGAACGCUGCCGGUGGAGCUUAUAGUCCCGCAAUAGGUACAGUUGCCCAUAUAAACACGGUUCCUGCUGGAUCGGAAGCUAAGCCAGUUGUCUCCCCUGUUGCUAAUGACAACAUUCAGACGGCCAGUACCCCUCCCAGUAAUUUUGAAGCCAGUGUGACCCCAGCCGCCUCCUCCUCACCAUCAAACAACAACAAUAACACCACUACCAACAACAACAACAUCAACAACAAUAACCCCUCCCCACCCUCCAAGCCCGGGACUCCAAACAAUUCUGGGAACACGACUUUUACCGAGCUCAAACCGGUACCCACGGUAGCUCCCAUCAGUCAGACUUAUGCACCGCUCCCGCCCAUUGGACAAACCUUCUCAACACCAGCAAUAAGCUACAGCACUGCGACAUACACAGGCCAGGCAGGUGUCAACAGCUCGGUACCUCUUGUUCUACCCCAAGUACCCGGAGGAAUAUAUCAGACCGGGAAUGUCCCUGCUGCUGAAUAUUCCACGUACAACUCCACCCCCUACACCCAGUACAGCGCUGGCCCCUACACCGACCCCUCGUGGGCAAUGAGAUACGGAACUCCCAGUGGUUUAUUAAUGUCCGAAGCGACCCCCCAACAACAGCCACACCAAGCAAAACCUAGAGACAUGAGUCUGGAAGAGCUACGACAUAAAGCACGCAAUCACGCGGCAGCUGUCUUCGCAGCCCAAACCACCUACUGAUUGGCUGAAAAUCAACAACACGCAUUUUCAUUGGCUGGUGGAUUUUCAAAUGUGUAAUAGCGCGGGUGAUUGAACCAUGUAUUCUCUUCACCUUGUCAUAAUGCUGGGCGACAGCACGUGACUGCUGGCACUGAUUGCACGGAUGAAAGAGACACUUCUUCAAGUGACAUUAUCUUCAGAAGAAUUCCUGGUUUGGAUGAAGAGUUCACGUGACCUGACUGGCCAAGGGACUUAAUUCAUCAGUGUGUCCAACAUGUGCCGAGAUAAUAGACUCCAGUGUGACGCAUGGUCGGACGAUGUGACGCCUGUGUUGAUUGGUCGGAGUUGUGUCACGUGACUGAUAAUGAAGAUCUAAGUCUGGUCUCAAAUAACAAGAUAGUCCCACAUUCAGACUUAUUGACUCAUGAAUUAUGGUAUUAUAAGAGAAUCUAGUUCUGAUGUUAUAUUACGCCUAUGUUAUCAGAGAUUAUUUUACAUCCAUACCCAUCAGAAAAUAUUUUAAGACAUACUUGUUUGAAUACUCAGUGUUACAUCUGCUGUCUUGCCAUAGAAAUCUCCAUAGAACUGUAUUUUAUUGAGAUUUCCACAUGUCAAUGGUGUUUGAUACUGAGAUAGCUGAUCCUGUGUGCUGCUUGUAUACAAGGUACAGCUGUAGGUGUGGCAGCAUGGUGGUGACGCCAGGGAUGUCCAAUAUAUAGUUGUCUCUUACGGAAAUCUGUCCCACAUGUGGUGCCAUACAGAUGACACUUGCCAUCAUCAUGUUCAUGUACAUUUCCUCCAGCAUAGAUCCACCAGCGGGACGUGUCGACCAGUCCACCAUCAUACGUACUAAUCAAAACGUUUGUUGUGUGCAAUAUUUAUUAAACAUUUCAUUUGCCACACACAUUAUAGAUUUCAUGAUAUAGAGAUAUAUGGGAGCCUAGACAAAUAGAUACUAGAUGCAUUGUGAAAAUACAGCGAAGACCGUAGAGCGAAUCACCAGUAUUUAUGGAGACGCAUUCGGGACACAAAGUCAAUCAUUUUGAAGAUAGUGACUUAUAAUUUCACAAUUGUGAACCGAAUGGGGCUCCAUACGUUACUCCUUUGGGGCAGACACAUAUCUUCCCACAUGAGGAGACGCCUUGCUCAAAUAUACAGUUGUGUGUUUGUUACGUAGAGCCAGAGAGCGCAGUGUAUAACCAUUUACGGUAACAUCGAAUCUAAUGUGUAAAGUCUGUUUCAGAAUUCUUACAGAUAUCGGGUAAAAGCUCUCGUUCAUGUCAAACAAAUUCUAGAUUAUUGAGGUAUUAUACUGUCAAUCAAAUGCGGCUAUUCCGUGUGUAUAUUUUAUUUGUAGAUACAAGAUAAUUGUACAAUUUAUCAUUCACGUUCAUGUGAACACAUAUGACUGAGAAUGCGUGAAUGCUAACAUAGCCAUUACCGUUUUCGUUGUGUUUGUUAGUAAAUCUUGCCAUCAAUGCCAUUUUACCAGUUUUUUGUGUCAAAAAUGGCAUUUUUUUUAUCUUGACGCAUUAUCACUGCAUAUGGUGUGGGGGUAAAGUAGUUAGAACACCCCUCCAUAUACAUACAUGGGGCCCGUGUCGGCCAUUAAGUGCUCAAAUUGCUUUCUGUAUAUAGCAAGUAUUUCAUUGUAGCUUUUAUACGAAACAAAAUUUUAAGCUCUCUGCAUUAUUUUACAGGUUUUAACCUUUUAAAAAUAAAAUAUAAUUUCCUGUAUAAUUUGUAUUUAUUUAAAGCUGUUAACAGUUAAUUCGAAAAUAUAAAUAUUUACGGAAUAAAGUUCCGCUUCUUUAAAGUAUAUCCAGGUUAUUUAUUUUAUUUAGAUCUGUAAAAGACUACCAGAUUUUGAUAUCCACCUCCUUCUCACGCCAUAUAUAUCAUUAAGUCAUUAUUCAGUUCAAAUCAUUUCUGUCAUGUAAUUCAAUCGCUAUGUCUAACGAUCUGCUGAAAGUGUACGGUAUCCACUGCUGAUCUCGGUAAACAAUUCUUUUUUCUUGGUCAAACUAUUGUAAAUUAAAUUUUAUAUAUAUGUACCUUAUUGAAAUAUCAAAUACAUACUUAUUUGCACCUAACCUGCUCAAUCAAAUUCCAACAAUCAAAACUGUUUCUGGUUGGAAAUACACUUUCUUCCAUGUUUGUUAAUACUGUUGUCUCAUUAUGUUAAUUUAUCUAAAUCAUUACCCUCCUGAAAUAUAUUGAGAAAUAUCAAAUGUGCAUAAAGAUCUGAAUCUCUUUUUAGCAAAAUUUUCUUUUGCGUGAAUUACACAAGAAUAAUUUAGAAACACGGAAUUUAUUAAGCUCAUUAUUUCGAACUGUACAGAAUUAUAAGUCUCUAAUAAUAAUCUAUACACGGACAGGCUUAUAAACUAUGCUGUGUACCUGAUGACAUUUACGCUUUCAUCUCAUGAGUUUAAUGGAAAUAUGAUCUUUACUUGUUCAAGUUUUGCUCAAUACUCUUAUAUUGUUUUUUACGUUGUUGGGCCUUGUGUCUGACAGAUCCGCCUGUUUCUGUGUUUGUGAACGGUACUCGAGGUAAAACAAUAGUCUAUUCUGUUUAUGUAUCUAAAUCGUGUAUAUGUGUGAAACUCACAUGAAUAAAUUGUCAUAUUAUUCUUUUA